CUCUCUUUUUUUCUUCUGCUCCUUCCUUUUCUCUCUUCUUUGAUUUUUGCAUUUUCAACUCUUUCAUUCGUUGAUUCACGAAAUGAAAGAAAGCGUGGAAAAUCCUCUGCACCUAAAAUCUGUGAACCAUAUCUCUCUCAUAUGCACCUCCGUCGUAGAAUCCAUCAACUUCUAUCAGAACAUUCUCGGCUUCUUCCCCAUCAGAAGGCCAGGAUCAUUUGAUUUUGACGGAGCAUGGCUGUUCGGAUAUGGGAUUGGAAUUCACUUGCUUCAAGCAGAGGACCCUAGCGACAUUCCAAGAAAGAAAGAAAUUAAUCCGAAAGAUAAUCACAUAUCAUUCCAGUGUGAAAGCAUGGGAGCAGUGGAGAAGAAGCUCGAGGAAAUGGAGAUAGAAUACGUGCGUGCAACGGUGGAAGAAGGUGGUGUUAAAGUGGAUCAGUUGUUUUUUCAUGACCCAGAUGGGUUCAUGAUUGAGAUAUGCAACUGUGAUGUUCUUCCCGUGAUUCCCUUAGCAAGUGACAUGGUUAGGUCAUGCUCUCGAAUGAACCUUCAGAUGCUUCAGCAGAGACAGAUACACCAAAUCGUGAAACAGGACUCAACUUUUCCUUCGGGUCACACCAAAAUUCAAAAUACUAUUGUUUAAGUCACACAUGCAUUUAUAAAUAUCAACUCCUCUUCUUUUUCUUCUUUCUUCUUCACGCUGUUACUGUGCUUUUUCUUGUUCUGUCAAUUUUGUUUUCUCUCUAUUGCUUGAUUUGAAGUGUAAACUACAGUUUUUUUUUACUAUGUAUACUUAUUGUAUCAUUGGUCUUUUCAAAUGUGAAAAAUGCUUAGUUUCUUUAA